AUGGCCUUCCCUAUCGAUCUCAAGCAGUUCAAAAAAUUGUCUCUUGACCCGACUAAGCCUCAGUUAUCUGGAGAGCAGAAGGCAACGUUGAAGGCCAACAUCCAGCUUCUUCGAGAUGCCAUCGUGUUGUUCACGGCAACAGGUGCGGCCAGAGGUGUUAGUGGGCACACUGGUGGUGCCUACGACACUGUGCCUGAAGUCUGCAUCCUCCUGGCUCUCUUUGAACAUUCCGAUAUAUUCUUGUCCACUGUCUUCGAUGAGGCUGGCCACCGUGUUGCGACGCAAUAUAUUCUCGCUGCGCUCGAAGGCGCCAUACCCGCUGAGCACCUCCUGCACUAUCGCGAGGCCGACUCCAAGCUUCCUGGGCAUCCCGAACUCGGUUUGACCCCAGGGGUCAAGUUCUCCUCUGGCCGUCUGGGACACAUGUGGCCUCUGGUCAACGGUAUCGCCAUGGCCAACCGCGACAAGACCGUUUUCUGCCUAGGCUCCGACGGUUCUCAACAAGAAGGCAAUGAUGCUGAAGCAGCCAGGCUCGCCGUUGCGCAGGGCCUCAAUGUCAAGCUUCUCAUCGACGACAACGACGUCACCAUUGCUGGCCAUCCAUCUGAAUAUCUCAAAGGAUACGACCUGACGAAAACCUUGGAAGGGCAUGGAUUGAAGGUUGUCACUGUCCAAGGAGAGGAUAUCGAUGCGCUCUGGGGUGCUGUCAGUGCAAUUUUGGCCCACCCAGGACCGGCUGCAGUUAUCGCUAAACGACGCAUGGCACCAGGUAUACCCGACAUCGAGGGCAGCUCGCAUGGCCACGACGUCAUACCCGUCAAGUCCGCCGUCAAAUACCUCCAGGCGAGGGGGUAUGCUAACUUCGUGAAUAUCUACGACGACAUCAAGCCUCGCUCGAAUCCCUACCUGUAUAUUGGAUCGACCAAGGAAGUUGGUGCUAAUCGCGUCCUGUUCGGCGAGGCUGUCAAUAUGGUUCUGGAUGGACUUAGUAAGGAGGAUGCUGCGAAGAAGGUCAUGGUUAUCGAUAGCGACUUGGAAGGCUCGACCGGCCUGAAAGUCAUUCACCAAAAGCAUCCUGAAGUAUUCAUCCCGUCUGGAAUCAUGGAACGAGGCAACUUCUCCGCUGCCGCUGGCUUCGGUUUCGCGCCUGACAAAUUCGGUGUCUUCUCAACGUUCUCGGCCUUCCUUGAGAUGGUGGUCUCUGAAAUCACGAUGGCACGGCUGAACAAUUGCAACGUUCUGAGCCACUUUUCGCACUCUGGUGUUGAUGAGGCUGAUAACACUUGCCACUUUGGCGUCAACAACAUGUUCGCUGAUAAUGGCCUUUCCGACGUGCAUUCAUACUUGUACUUCCCUGCGGACCCUGCGCAGAUGGUGGCUGUCGUAAAGCGCGUGUUCUUCGAGCGUGGAAUGCGCUUUAUCUUUUCGACGCGUUCUAAGGUCCCUUGGAUCCUCAAAGAGGAUGGAAAGACCAAGUUCUUCGAGGGCGACUACGAAUUCGUACCUGGAAAAGAUGAGACCAUUGCCGAUGGCAAAGCCGGAUAUGUUGUUUCGUUCGGAGAGAUGCUCUACAGGUCAUGGGACGCUGUCUUGCGUUGCAGGCAGGAAGGCCUUGAUGUUGGCUUGAUAAACAAACCUUGCUUGAAUGUCGUUGACGAACAAACCAUCCAGAAGAUAGGAAGAAGCCCAUUCGUACUGGUCGUCGAGUCGUUUAAUCAGAAGACCGGGCUUGGAUCAAAGUUCGGUACUUGGUUGCUGGAGCGUCAACUUACACCCAAGUACGGUUAUAUGGGCACUACGAAAGAGGGCUGUGGUGGGUUGUGGGAACAAAUUCCCUUCCAAAAUCUCGACCCUCAGUCGAUUAUCUUGAAGAUCAAGCAACUGUCUCAAUAG